AUGAAACUUAUAGUAUGUAACGAACUUCAAAGUAUAGAUACAACAAAAGUUUUGAACUCAGAUGCUUUGAAGAGUCUUAUAACAGACAAAGUUGGAGUUGUUGAAAGAAAAUAUAAAGACCAAAGAGUUUGUGAAAAUGUUGCAAACUUCAUUAUGGUUUCAAACAAUUCUGUUCCGAUGAAGUUAGAAAGUUCUGACAGAAGAUAUGUAGUUGUCAGAACGUCAGAAGCUCAUAUGCAAGAUACAGAAUAUUUUGACGACUUAGCAGAAACUUUGACACCUAACUUUUACAACCACUUGUUCUCAUAUUUCAUGACAUUAGAUAUUUCUAAGUUCAAUCCAAGACAAAUUCCACAUACCGAAGAAAGACAAACAUUGUUAGAAGCAAACAAGAGUGUAUAUGAACUGUUUAUAGAUGAGACUAACUUUGAGUGUUUAGAUGAAAGGUCGUUGUACGAUGAAUAUAAACAAUAUUGUCAAGAGUAUGGUUAUAUGACAGCGUCUAAACGAACAUUCUUGGCAAAUGUCAAAAAUCUUUUAGAUGUUCAGAAUGGUGUAUAUACAAAGAAAAUUUUUAUGAGUAAAUUUUAA